AUUGAGACAAUAUAAAGCGCGUGAGCUAAAUCCAACCUCUGACGCACACCUGACGGCCGACCAGUCUGGAUUUCAAAAACUUGAGGAUGUUUCAUUUGCAUUUGCAUUUCAUUACAAAUUUCAUUUUUGUUUCGUCUUUGAUUACAGGUAAAAACUGAGGGGACCCUUCCCCCUCUCUCCCGCUUGAGAGACAAAAAAGCUAAGGUCUUCUCUUCUGACGUUUUGACUUUGAACACACAGCAAGGCACGCGAAAAACGGGCUUGUUGGGGAUGUGCAGCGGUUCAAAGAGUGAACUUGUUCCCUCAACUUUCAUCAUGGAAGGUGAAUUACAGGAGCUUAAAGCUGGUGAUCUGUGUAAAUGCUCAGUUUUGCUUGAAUUGGCUGCCUCUGAUGAUCUGGUGGCCUUUAAAACUGAAGUAGAAGCUAAAGGUUUGGAUCUUAACGAGGCAAGCUUCUGGUAUGGUAGAAGAGUGGGGUCAAGAAAGAUGGGGUUUGAAGAGAGGACGCCUCUUAUAAUCGCUGCCAUGUUUGGUAGCGUUGACGUUUUGAAAUACAUCAUUGGAAGUGGCAAGAUUGAUGUGAAUAGAGCUUCUGCUACUGAUGGAGUUACUGCCCUUCAUUGUGCUGUUGCUGGUGGUUCGAAUUCUUCCGUUGAGAUUGUCAAGCUGUUGCUUGAUGGAUCUGCUGAUGCUAAUUGUGUUGAUGCUAAUGGGAACAAGCCUAUUGAUCUGAUUGUGCCGGUUUUAAAAUCUUUGAGUAAUACAAGAAGAAAGGUGAUUGAUUUGUUACUGAACGGUGAUGAUAUUGUUGGUGUUAGUGAUCAUGUUCUUAACCAGGAAGAAGAAUCUGAAAAGACAGCUCUGCCUCAGUUGCUGAAAGAAGGAUCUGAGAAGAAAGAAUAUCCUAUCGAUGUAUCACUGCCUGAUAUCAACAACGGGAUAUAUGGAACCGAUGACUUCAGGAUGUUUACCUUUAAAGUGAAGCCAUGCUCAAGGGCAUACUCCCAUGAUUGGACCGAGUGCCCCUUUGUUCAUCCUGGUGAGAAUGCUAGGAGGAGGGACCCAAGGAAGUACCCUUAUAGCUGUGUGCCGUGCCCAGAGUUCCGAAAAGGGGCGUGCCCUAAGGGUGAUGCUUGUGAAUAUGCACAUGGUGUUUUUGAAUCUUGGCUGCAUCCUGCGCAGUACCGAACAAGACUUUGCAAAGAUGAGAUCGGCUGCACACGCAAAGUCUGUUUCUUUGCUCACAAACCUGAAGAAUUGCGCACUGUGUAUGCUUCCACCGGUUCAGCCAUGCCUUCACCAUCUAGGUCUGCUGCUGUCAAUGCAGUGGACAUGGCAACUUUGAGCCCUCUAGCAUUUGGUUCACCUUCCUUGCCACUGCCUACUGCUUCAACACCACCCAUGUCUCCUUUGGCUGCCUCUUCCUCUCCAAAGAUUGGAGGCUUGUGGCAGAACAAAAUUAACCUCACCCCACCUGCCUUGCAGCUACCUGGUAGCCGCUUGAAGACUGCUUUUAGUGCCAGAGAUUUUGAUACGGAAAUGGAAUUACUUGGGUUGAUGGAUGAGAUAUCUAAUCUCUCCUCCCCGUCUUGCUGGAGUAAGGAAUACAGUAGGCUUGGGGAUUUGAAGCCUACUAAUCUUGAUGAUGCUUUUGGAUCCCUCGAUCCUUCUCUGCUGUCUCCCUUGAAGGGACUGUCAGUAAAAUCUGCAAUACCAACCCAAUUCCAAUCUCCAACAGGGCUUCAAAUUCACCAAAACUUGAACCAACUCUGUGCAGGCUACCCAACAAACCUUUCAUCAUCUCCGGUUAGGAAGCCCUCAGCCUUUGGUUUUGACUCAUCUGCUGCUGUGCCUGCAGUAAUGAAUUGCAGGUCUUCUGCAUUUGCAAAACGGAGUCAAAGUUUUAUAGACCGUGGGGCAAUGAUCAGUCAUGCUGGACUUACUGCACCUGCUAACUCGGCAACUAUGAUGUCUUCAAAUAUUUCUGAUUGGAGCUCCCCUGAUGGGAAAUUGGAUUGGGGCAUUCAAGGAGAUGAGCUUAACAAGCUUAGGAAGUCUGCUUCCUUUGGGUUUCGAAACAACAAUCCUGCCGCCACAGCAACAACAAACAUGAUGCCAUCUGAUGUUGAUGAGCCAGAUGUUUCCUGGGUUCAUUCCCUUGUGAAAGAUGUUACUCCUUUGGGAGGUGGGUUGCAGCAGCAACAGCAACACCGUCUUGGUAGAGGUGUUCGAGAAACACUUCCAGCAUGGAUGGAGCAAAUGUGCAUAGAACAGGAGCAGAUGGUGGCAUAAGAAAGAACCGUUUGCUCAUAGCUUAAUUCUAACUUAUAUCAUAUUCUUGGAAUCUUAGUAGUAUUUGAUACCUGUAAUUGUUGGUAGAAGGUUGAAGGUAAUAUAUCUGCCAGUCAGUCAAGAGGCAAACAUAUUUGGGCAGGAAGGUUUAAGUCACUGCUCAUGUUAGAAUUAGAAGAAAGAUGGACCAAUCAACAAAAAAAUUUAUUGAUUAUUUCAUAUUCUUAAUUCUUUUUCUUUUCCCUUCAGGGA